AUGCGCGCUGUGAAUGCGGCCUCCAAGAGCCUCUCCGCCGUCCUCGAGACGGGCUCGAAAGCCGGCUCUGAGGCCAAGCCUGCGGCCGAUCGUACCACUGCAACUUCUGUCACGAAGCACGCAACGACUGCGCGGAAGGAGCUGGGGACUCUUCGAAUGUUGGAUCCUAGACAGGUCGAUGUCGAGAGGGCAGCGUCGAGCGUGGUGGGAAAGCUCGUUGGUCUCGACAUGUAUCAUGCGGCGCUCGGUCUGUUACAAGACAUGUAUCCUUUCUGCGCUAACCAAGACGAUGCACCGUCGCCUUCAAGCACUUCCCCGUUGACCUUCCUCGCCCUUCCCAUCCCCAAUGUCCAAAUCUCAGACAUCCAUCUAGCUCUCAUCUCUGCCUAUCAUCUACAUGCGCUCGCAGUCCUUUCACACACCACCACCGACCGCGGUGCUCUUGCGUCAGCCCUACUCGACCCAAACAGCCCCACGAUUCUGUCCUGGUCUACCACAUUCUCUGCACUCCCCGAGAAACAACACGACCAUCUCUUUACACGCGCGUACUCCCUAACGUCCCGCCUUGCCUCCUCAACACCCCUGCCAUCAACAGCAUACUCCCUCCGUCUGUUUGCGCUCCUCUGUCUCACGUGUACGCGCCCCUCUGUCAUCGCCCCAUCCACGUUCUGGGAACAAGCCGUCAAGUUCGCCGCCAUGUACGCGAACGCCGCCUCGUCCGGGCCCAAAGAGAACGCGGCGCAUGUGACGACGUCCUUCGCGCGCCUCGCCGCGAGGGCGCAGGUUCGACCGGACGCGGUGGAGUUCAUGGCGGGACCAGCGUUCGCUCGCUUCUGCGAGUACUGGAGUCGCUUCGCGAGGCAGGCUGGUGAUCUGGCUACGCUUGAAAGCAUCGGUCGCUUUGCGCAGCCGGCGGGGGCCGCGUCCGCCUCGGAAGAGGACCGCAAGGUCAUCGAAGCUUCGGACUUGGCGACGACCCUGGCUCGCGCACUGGCUGUCUUCGAGCAUUGGCAAGAGCAUGCAUCCGAUUUCGCCUCAAAGCUUUCUGAAGGGUCUGCGGCAAUCAAGCGAUGUGGGCUCAUACUCGCUCAAAGCGGGAGCGAUGCCGAGCGCGUCAAGCGCGGGGUAGAACGCUUGCGCCGCGCUUCAAUGAAAGCGCUUGAACCCUCUCGGUCCGACACUACGAACUAUCCACCUGAAGUCAAGGCCACUUGCCGCACGAUCCUCCAAGGUGCCGUUGACGCUCUUUGUGAAGCAAUAACCACGCACAAUACUCGAACCACCAAUCUUCUUGGACCCGUCCUGGAGGGCCUCUUCACUCUUGCACGGACAGCUUUCGCUCUGAACAACCCUGGCACAUACUCAACUGCACGAUCGCUUCUUUCACGAGCACGAUCUCUGUUACCCUCAUCACCAUUGUCCGAGGGAUCCGUCUCUCCAAUAUCCGCUGCAUAUUAUACCCGUUGCGUGGCCGCAGUCCACUACUAUCUGGCUGGACAGCUUCACCAGAGCGGUCGAUAUGACCAUGCCGCCCCUUUUGUUGAGGAAGCGUGCGCUCUAGGUCAACAGGCGUUGGAUGCGUACCACGAGGUCAAGACCUCUAGUACCCCCAUGGACGUCGACGGAGAAGCCGCAUGCAAAGAAGAGCAUUGGGAGCAGCUCGAAGAGCAGCUGUUCCGUCGGUGGGAACUCUUGGGGGUUUGCCAUGUCAAGACCGGCGAUCGCAGGUCUGCGUACGAUGCGUUCGUCAGAGGGAUCAAAGCCUUCCCAUUCGCGAACCACGACCUUGUGGCCCUCGCGCGCAAGACGCCCAUUGUCCGGCUCUUUGAUAGUCCUGCUCUCAAGCAGCUCGGCGUGCUCAUCGACCGGGUGACGUACGUCGCGGCGUGCGAGCUCCUCCUCCCCCCAACCGCCGUUUCCGCCCUCUCAUGGUUCUCCGACGCUAAAACUAGUCCGGAGUGUAAUUGCGUCUAUGGGGCGCUUAUCGAGCGCCAGAUCGCAAGCUUGGAAGAAAGUAAAUGGAAGCCGGGCGUCAGGGACGUGUUGAGGCAGCUCGUUGACGACGCCUUGCUGGUGUACGACGUGGAGGAUCGGCCGGUGCGGCACGUCCGGUUGGUCUUGAAACGGCUCGAGUUAGCAUGCCAGCCGGACGCAGGGCUGGAAGCGUCGCCCGAUGAGCGGAGCACCGAGCUAGCCAAAGAUGCUGAGCAGCUGCUCGCGCGUCAGUCCUUCGCGCUCGACGCGUCCCUGUCCCAGCACUGCCCGGAGUACCUCGCGUCCCUCCACCUUUGGCGCGCCAUCUACGCGCACCGCACGCGCGACCCUGCAGUCGUGCCCGCCGUCGUCGCGCACGCUGAAGAGGCGUGCAAGGUCAUCCGCGCGAUGGUUCCCGCGCUUCCCACGGCGGCUGUGCGAGCCUCCCUCGGCGGUGGGCGUGCGACAAAAGAUCUUCAGGCCGCGGCCCCUGCGAAGCGUGCGACGCGAGGUGCCGCGAAGGCCGCGCCACGCCCGAAGAUCGCGGUAACGCGGACGAGGGCGCCGCCUGUGACACCCAAGAAGCGGAGGCCACUCGAUCCUAACCUACCUGUGGUCGACGUGUCGCCACCAAAGGGCGGUGUGUCAGUGCCGGUACAAGGGAAGAUGCAUUUCGAGGACUUCGACAGGCUCGUCUCGCUCAUACGGAUGGUCUCGCAUCUCAUCGGGCUCGUGGGCCACGUACUCGUCCGAAUUCAACUCCUCAAUGCCGCGAGACGAUUGGCCGAACGUCACCUCGGCAUGGGUUCUGAAGUCUAUGUGUCCUUGACUAUCGAUACCGCCCACGAGUACGUCAAACUUGGGCGCGCCGAAAAAGCGGUGUCCAUCCUCGCCCACGUUCUUCCCGCCGCGCGCGCAGGGUCCCUCCCGCAGGAUCUUGUCGUUGUCUUGCUGUUAAGAUACUCCGAGUCUUUGGCUGCCGCCGAUGAGGUGCUUAAAGCCUCUAUAACAUAUUGUGACGCUGUAGCGGCCGCCUCCGACGUGCUUGUCGAGGAGAAGGGUCUACCUACAGCACAGCGGAUCCGUGUGCGGGCAGCUCUUCUUGAGAGAGCUGCUCAAGCCGCGCUGUCGUACGCCGCUGUGCAGGAUGCGCGAGAUGAUCCCACGUCUUCGAUCGAAGGCUUGUCGCAAGCCCUCCGCCUCUGGAAUCGCGCCAUCGAAACCAUCUCCCGCCUCCAGCCCUUGGCACCGAAAGAACCCGCCGAAGACAACCCCACGCGUGAUCACCCCCGCGCGUCGCACGGCGCCGCCUACCUCGACUCCUCCGGCUGGCGUCUCGCCGAGGGCCUGCUCGCGACGCUCCUCUCACUCGCGCACGCGUACGCCGCACGCGGCUCCGCGCGCGAAGCCGAGUUCUUCGCCGCGCAGACCCGCGCGCUCGCGACGACGCUGCACGCCCCGGUGAUGGUCAGCCGCGCGCGCGCGCUCCAGGGCGAGCUCCUCAUCCAGCUCGGGCAGCUCCCGGAGGGCCACGUGGCGCUCAUGGAGGCCGCCGCGCUCGUCAUGCACCUCAAGGGUCCGGACGCGGUCGAAGUCCGGCGGCUGCUGGGGCGGUACAGCCAGCGGAGCGCGGACGCGAAGGGGGCGCAGCAGCUUUUCGAAGAGGCGGCGGUGCUACUGGACGAGCUGAGCGGGAUGUUUGCGUCCCUGGACGGGGUGGUGGCGACCGGUGGCCGGAAGUCGUUGGUGGUCGCGUCCCCGAGGAGGAGCUUGAACCCGCAGGAGAGCACGAACGUCUUCUGCCGUCCGCGCUUGUGCAGUUCGCUGAUCGAGCCACUAGUCUCCCUUCUGCAUGAGUCGGGUGCAGAGUAUCAGAGCUUACUAGAACGGUUUGCAAAGUUACCACAAAGCGCAGAUGCCAAGGCGGAAGAAGUUGCUCUACGCGCAAAGUUGACUUUGGACGAAGUUUACUCGCGUUUCCGUGCGGACAUGUUCCUGAGCUCGCUUGCAGAAUCCGCAAUGACUAUUCCCAUGGGUAUGUCCGGAGACGGUGGCUCGUCGCCUGCGUCGCAAGACAUGCUUGAGACCUUGUCGACCGCUGAGCGGCUGUUCUGGGAGCACAUGGGAUACAUUGCGCGGCGUGGACAUGUGUCUUCCGUGCGCGAGGCCGCCGUCUGUCUCGCAUUGAUACGCACGUUCCGUACCAGUCUGGGUCGUGGAGAUGAGUACACACCGGUACUGGCCGCCCAACUCCUUGACGCAUCCACCGUGACGACACUCCGACGCGAAAUGCUGGAUGUGGUCCGGCACAAGUUCCUGAACAUGAACGCCGCCGACGGCCUGCAAUGGCCACUCAUGACCCCCAACGGGUCGCCCCUUCCUCCUCCAUCGAAAGCCAAGCGAGUAACACGCUGGAGUGAAACAUCCCUUCUGGACUCAGAAGACGAUGAGCCGAUGGACGUCGACCUGAAGUCGUACUGGGAAGCGGUGUCGAAGCGGUACGAGGCGCAGUGCUUCGACUCCGAGCGGAUGACGCACAGCCAGUGCGACACACUCCCCGCGCACUGGUCGGUCGUGAAUAUCAGCGUGACGGAAGACCGUCAGACGAUGUUCGUGACGCGCCAGCGCGCCGGUCGGCGUCCGCUGAUAUUCUGUCUACCGCUGCGAGGGAGGCGCGAGGGCCAGGAAGACGAGCAUCUCACGUACGAUGACGUGAUCAAGGAACUGGAGAACAUCAUCAACGCUAGCACGGAGAAGACGCGGGAAGCGGGAAGCAUCGAUAAGGAAGACAAGGCUGCGCGGCAGGCGUGGUGGAAAGCCCGCACAGAGCUUGAUGGGCGGUUGCGGGACCUGCUCGCCGACAUCGAGUUCUGCUGGCUCGGGGCGUUCAAGACCAUCUUCGAUUCUCUGCAGAACCUUCACUCCGAGGACCUGUCGGCUUUCAGGUCGCGCCUGGAGUCCGUCUUCCAGGGAAAUCUGGUGUUUCAGGACAAGAAGCCGAAGUCUCGGAUCAGCCUGGACGACGGUCUUCUGGAGUGCUUCUCCGCGCUGCCGGCCUCCUGCCGGGACGAGGAAGUGGAAGAUCUGGUGUACUUCAUCCUCGACCUCUACCAGUUCCACGGGAUCCCGGUCGCGACGUCCGAAGUGGACAUAGACCAAGUGGUGGUCGAGCUCCGGAGCGCACUCGAGGAGCACGGGUCACGACUGAGAUCGCGGGGUGAGGCGCGGACGGAUGACGACAGCCACCUGUUCCUGGUGCUGGACAAGAACGUGCAGGGGAUCCCGUGGGAGUCGCUGCCUGUGCUGCGGGGGAAGAGCGUGAGCCGGAUCCCGAGCAUGGACUUCCUCGUCGACCGGCUCGAGUUCUCGCACUGGCGCAAGUGGGAGGACGGGAGCCCGCAGGAGGGAGUGGUGGACCGGGCGGCGGUGGACCCGCGCAAGACGUACUUCGUGCUGAACCCGAGCGCGGACUUGAGCGGGACGCAGGCGAGGUUCGAGCCGUGGCUGAAGGGGAUGAAGGCCGCGGGGUGGGACGGGGUGGUCGGGCGUGCGCCGAGCGAGCAGCAGGUGGUGGAUGCGUUGACGAACCGGGACCUGUUCAUAUAUUUUGGCCACGGGGGUGGGGAGCAGUACGUGCGGGCGCACAAGGUGCGGCACCUCGCACGCUGCGCCGCGACGAUGCUCUGGGGUUGCUCCUCCGGAACGCUGAAGUACAUGGGGGACUUGGACCGGACCGGGACGCCGUACCACUACAUGCUCGCCGGGUGCCCGACGCUGGUCGCGAACCUGUGGGACGUGACGGACCGGGAGAUCGACAAGGUCGCGCAGUCGGUCUUUGACGACCUCGCGCUCACGCCGUCGGCGGUGGGCGCGUGGCGGGCGGCGGGGCCGCGGCGCACGGGGGCGAUGUCGGUCGUCGAGGCGGUGGCGCGGGCGCGGGACGGGUGUAGGCUCAAGUACCUGACGGGAGCGGCCCCGGUCGUGUACGGGAUCCCGUUCUACCUUUGA